AUGGAACGGACUUUUGUAAACUUAUCCAUCAAUUUAGAAAAAGCAGGAAAAACCUGCUGGGAGACAGAGAGAGAUCAGAGACAGAGCGAGAGAGAGGAUGGGAGGGGGAGAGUGGUAUUGGAGAGAAUAGAGAACAAGAUCAACCGCCAAGUUACCUUUUCAAAGCGCAGAAAUGGUUUGCUUAAGAAAGCCUUCGAGCUCUCCGUACUGUGCGAUGCUGAAGUUGCGCUUAUCAUAUUCUCCAGCCGCGGCAAGCUCUUCCAGUUCGGCAGCACUGAGAUGAACAAGAUCCUUGAGCGCUACCGCCGAUGCUGUUACUCGCAAGACACUGACGUUGUUGAGCAGGGAACACAGACCCUAUACCGAGAGAUCACAAAAUUAAGGGCAAAAUAUGAAUCUCUUCAGCGCUCACAAAGGCAUAUGCUUGGAGAAGAUCUCGAACCCCUUAAUCUGAAAGAGCUGCAAAACCUUGAGAAACAGCUUGACAAAACUCUCUCGCGAGCUAGGCAACGGAAGACACAGAUAAUGUUAGAUCGAUUAGAAGAACUACGGCAAAAGGAGCGCUGUCUUGGAGAAAUGAACAGACAGCUCAAGUCUAAGAUCGAGGAAAAGGGUCAACGUGUUCAUGAAGCCAUUCAAGGCCCAGGAAAUCCUACCACAGAAGCACCUGUCGACUGUUUCGAGCAGUUGCACACUUCACAUACCAAUCACGCAGCAUUAGAACGACCCACCUUUCAUUUGGGGUACCAUCAAUCUGCAGUACUUGAUCCCCAAGAAGCAGCAAUGGAAACAAGGACCUUCACGGGUGGGACUAGCCGCUAUCAGGCUUGGCUUCUUUGAAGUUCUUCGCAUUAAUUAAGCUGUACGUCCAACGUGUAUGUGCGCGCGUGCACCUCUGCUUAUCAUACUCAUGUCAUGCGCAUGCAUGCAUGCUGCUGAACAUGCCUUGCAGCUAGCUUGUUCUCCCUAUCCAUGUCUCUCGUGUUGACUGGAUCAUCAUUAUCAUCAUGAUCAGUUGCAUGUGUGACUAAUAAUUUGUUAUUGAACCAUUUGGGCUAAUGCAUGAUUGAAUAAGAAAAUGUGUAUAUACGUAUAUGUGAUA